AUGGCCACCGACGACAUGGACAUGGACCUCGACAGGUACGAGGAGCCAAGUGCAGGGUUUCCGGCCGAGAACGCAGCACCUCAGCAGGAUGCCAACGUCUACAACGGCGGCCCUGCAGAGGCCAUGGACGGUAUUGAAGGCCAAGCUGAAGAAGGCGAAGUUGCUCCGAGCGCUGUCACACCCUUCAAAGUCCACAUUCGCGGUGCCAACACCAUGAACGCCGAGGAUCUGCGUCGGUACGCAGCACAGGUCUUUCCGGAUCGCUUGCUGCCGAGGAUUGAGUGGAUCAACGACUCGUCCGCGAAUCUCGUCUACGACACCGAACGGACAGCAACAGAAGCACUGAUGGCCAUGUCAGUCGCGGAGGAAAGCGACCCAUUGCGCCUACGUGAGGCUAAGAAGCUCUUCGUAAAGCCGCAGACCGCCCUCCAAGUCCGCAUGGCCACAGUUGCCGACGUCAAGGUCCCGGAUGCGGCAGCCCAGAGCCAAUUCUAUCUGCGCAACCCACGUGGCCACGCGGACAAUCGCAACCCCAAUCACAAACGGAGUCACCCAAACCAUGGUGGCUACCCCACCAACAAGUAUCGUCGGCGCGACUACCGUGAUGACCGCCGCCGCCGCCAGCCCGUUCCACAGCGUCCAUCGUUCAGCGAAGACAUGUAUGACGACGCUCCAGCGUCUGGUGACGUGAGUAGUGAGGAGACCAGCAGACCGGGCAGCUCUUACUCAGAGGGCGUGCACAACAGACACACGGUGGAAUAUGGUGAUAUCGAUAAGAGGGUCUUCACAGAGCAGGCCGACAAUAGAGGUCGUCAAGAGCAGGAUCACUUCAUCCCAACAGGACCCAGCCGCAGGCUUGAUGACCGUAGCGCAUCGCCACGCCGUGACUACGACGGAGACGGCAGGUUCGGAUUCCGCGAGGUGCAUUCACGUCGUCCCACGACUCCCCCAAGAUCUCGCUCUCCGCCGCGUCGCGACCGCGUUGCGGAUGAUGCCCGUCCUGCACAACCGCCUUCAUACCCAGACUACGUCGGACGUCCCCAGGCUCCAGCGACCCCACCACCAGCUCGUCCAGCCCUCGAGCUCUUCCCUGAGAAGGCCAACUCUGCGCACAAAAGGAAGGAUGCUAGGGUAAUCCCCCUUGCUGAGCUUACAGACGCUUUGGGCAAGUGCAUCAUCAAUAACAACACGUCAGUACAACAGUCAUUUGCUUACGACCAGUCAGGGCUACGGCCGAACCCCGAAGAGCGAGGACAAUACGAGCGUGGUGGACGGGGUGGCAACAGCGGUGACCGUGAUCUUUUCGAUCGUGUCGGUCGUGGUGGCCGCGAUCUUCUCACCAGUACCAACGGCGGACUCAUUCGCAGCAUCGAUUCGGCCAACGGUCGCCUGAACAACACUUCAACCGUGCAUGGCAGGGGAGACGGAGCUCUCGGCUUCAGCAUCAAAGGAACGAGUGGGGCGGAUUCUGGGUUCAGCUUCGUCGGUGCGGCGAAAGGUGGUCAGACAAAUGGUGGGAAUCAAGACGUGCAGGUCAAGGGUCGCGGCGCGCGCAAAUGUCCGACCAAUGGUGCAUAUUAG